CGGGAACAAAUAGCUGUUUGUGAAGUCAUGAAAUACGACUUUAGGUUGCUAUAUACACAUGUACUGUAUAUUUGCCAUCGUAUAUUUAUUAAAGCGUGAAAAGAAAGAAAGGCACUUGGUAGUAGAUCAUUUCCACCAGAAGAGAGCAGCAUAGAGUAAUAACGCUAGCAAGGUUGGUUUCAGCGGAAGUGGACAAUGUUGGAGGACCGAGUACCGCGUACGAGUUUACUAUGAACAGAAAUACAUACUGGAAUAUUUCCUGCUUAUAUUCACAACAUGGCUCUGGUUCCAUAUGUAGACAGUGUGAUACCUGCACUUUCCAAACUUCAGAAUUUAUCCGCGCGUUUUCAUUUUGCCAACCGUGAUAUCUGCAUAGCCCAGGACUGGAGGAAUCUUGGAGUUGCAGCAGUUGUAUGGGACGCAGCAGUUGUCAUGUGUAUGUACUUGGAGCUGAGCCAGGUAGAGCUUCGUGGGAAGGUGGCCAUCGAACUGGGGGCUGGAACCGGACUGGUGGGCAUCGUUGCAGCCUUGCUGGGUGCCAAAGUGACCAUCACUGACAGGAUGCCUGCUCUGGACUUCUUGUCUGCCAACGUCAAAGCCAACCUGCCCUCUGAUGUCCAAGACUCUGUGGUGGUCUCAGAGCUGUCUUGGGGUGAGAACCUCGACCGCUACCCGGCAGAGGGAUUCGAUCUGGUGCUUGGAGCCGACAUUGUUUACCUGGAGGACACGUUUGUGCCACUGAUACAGACACUGCAGCACCUGUGUGCCGAGGCCACCGUCGUGUUGCUGGCAUGCAAGAUCCGCUACGAGCGAGAUGCCAACUUUUUAAGCAUGCUCAGGCAAUGGUUCACUGUGGAGGAGGUUUACUACGACAAACAGAGGGAUAUUCACAUAUAUAAGGCUUGGAAACAACCACCCAGGAGCGAUUUAUGAAUGCCCUUUUAAGAUUACCUGACUAAAUAACGUUUUUUUUUAAAAAAUCCAAGAUUAGCAGAAACAUAUUUAUUACCAGCUGUAACAAAGUAUGGUAUACAUUGGUGCUGACAUGAACUUAAAUGUUCUGACUGAAAAUGAAUGAAAAGCCACAUAACAUAAAAAGUAAGGACUAUUAAAAGAGUACAAUAUGGCAUCCCGUCAUGAAGUCUCCAUGGCUUGGUUGCACUUUACAAUCUUCUUGCAAAUAUGCCACGAUUGUGAAAAAGCAAAGCAUUUAAUGAUCAGUUGCUGCUGCGUGAGAUGAAGCUGGCAAAUAACGUGAAAUGUAUCUGGAUUGUUUCAGCAAGGAAAAGUGCACACGUCGCCUCGUCUUACUUAUUAGGACUUUACAAACGUUCCCAAUAAAGUCUUUGAAGUUCAAAUACAUCACCUGCAUCAUGUAUUUCUUGUAUUGCAUAACAAGUUGUAAGCAGGGCUCAUUAUUUUUGGCUUUUUAUUUAAAAAAAUAACGACAUCAGCAAUAAUAGAUUAGAAUAAAAGCCACAAUACAAAAACAUUUUUUUCCCUCACAUUAUGCUUGGAUCUCACACUUUGUGUCAGUUCUUCCCACCUUUUUUAUUUUUAUUGUAAACACUUGUGAUAUUCCUGUUUUGUUGUUGCUUUUUUUUUUAAACGGGUGCAGAUCAGUAAAAAGAACAAAAAACAAAAAAUAAUGACCCUGCAGGUUGGAGACACCACAUCAGUAAAAAAUAAGAAAGAAAAAAAGAAGCUAGCUUGUGUUUUC